ACACACAAAAAACGCGGAAAUCAAAACCCUGAUGGCCUGAUCCGAUCGAGCUCGCACACUCGCCGCCGACUCCGCCCCCAAAUGGGGCUCCUCAGCUCGCUGCCGCCGCACCGCCGGGGCGGCGUCCUCUCCGGCGGCUGGCAGUGGUCGUUCCUCGACGUCGUCUGGGCGGUCUUCCUCCUCGCCGUGGUCGUCUUCCUCGCGCUCGUCUUCACGCCGCGCCGCGGGGGCGGGGACCCGCUCUCCGUCGCCCGCUCCGGUGGCGCCGCGGCGGUGCCGCCGUGCGCCGCCUCGGAGGUCGACCUCCUCCCCUGCGAGGACCCGCGCCGAAGCUCCCGCCUCAGCCGCGAGAUGAACUACUACCGCGAGCGCCACUGCCCCGCGCGUGGCGAGGCGCCCGCCUGCCUCGUCCCGCCGCCCAGCGGCUACCGCGUCCCCGUGCCCUGGCCCGAGAGCCUCCACAAGAUCUGGCAUGACAACAUGCCUUAUGGUAAGAUUGCUGAAAGAAAAGGUCAUCAAGGGUGGAUGAAGCAUGAAGGUGCAUACUUUAUUUUUCCUGGUGGUGGGACUAUGUUCCCUGAUGGAGCUGAACAGUACAUCGAAAAGCUUAGCCAGUAUGUUCCACUGAAAACUGGUGUCCUCAGGACAGGUCUUGAUAUGGGAUGUGGGGUUGCCAGCUUUGGAGGGUUUUUGCUUAAGGAGAAUAUCAUGACACUUUCAUUUGCACCAAAAGAUUCUCAUAAAUCCCAAAUACAAUUUUCUUUGGAGAGAGGAAUCCCAGCAUUUCUUUUGAUGUUGGGCACACGUCGUCUUCCAUUUCCAGCACAGUCCUUUGAUUUUGUCCAUUGCUCCCGGUGUUUGAUACCUUUUACUGCCUAUAAUGGAUCUUAUUUGAUUGAAGUUGACCGUUUACUUAGACCAGGGGGGUAUCUAAUCAUAUCGGGUCCCCCUGUGAGAUGGAAGAAGCAGGAGAAGGAAUGGGAUGAACUUCAAGUAAUGGCAGGAGCUUUGUGCUACAAAUUGAUGACUGUAGAUGGUAAUACUGCCAUUUGGAAGAAACCCGCUGAGGCUUCAUGUCUUCCUAACCAAAAUGAAUUUGGCCUAGAUCUGUGUAGCACCAAUGAUGAUCCAGAUGAAGCAUGGUACUUCAAGUUGAAGAAAUGUGUCGGUAAAGUUUCUAUGGUGGAAGAAAUAGCUAUUGGUUCCAUUCCAAGGUGGCCAGAUAGGCUAUCUAAACCUUCUGCUAGGGCAUCGCUUAUCAACAAUGGAGCAAACUUGUUUGAAGUAGAUACUCAGAAGUGGGUGAGGAGAGUAUCAUAUUAUAAAAAAUCACUUGGUGUCAAGCUUGGGACCACACACAUACGCAAUGUCAUGGAUAUGAAUGCGUUCCUCGGAGGUUUCGCAGCCGCUAUAGUGUCUGAUCCUGUAUGGGUUAUGAAUGUUGUUCCUGCUCGAAAACCAUUGACACUUGGAGUUAUUUAUGAUAGGGGCCUUAUUGGGGUUUAUCACGACUGGUGUGAACCAUUCUCAACAUAUCCUCGAACUUAUGAUCUCAUUCAUGCUGAUGCAAUCGACUCCUUGAUAAACAAUCCAAUUUCAGGCACUAGCAGCAUGUGCUCCAGGUGCUAAAUUUUAGGUCCGGUCAGUUCACUCAUUUAUUUGUUUCAAUGGCUAGUAGUGCAAUGUGUGUUGCAUUUUCGGAAUAUACAGAAACCAUGGGCUUCAGCAGCAUGUGCUCCAGUUGCUAAAUUUUAGGUCCGGUCAGUCCACUCAUUUAUUUGUUUCAAUAGUCAGUAGAGCAAUGUGUGUUCCAUCUUCAGAACCUACAGAAGCUUGAGUUUGAGUAAGCAUCCUAUACCGUGAUCGAACUUGAAUUAUUUUUUAUAAAAAUCUAGUUAUGGUUGACUUGACUACUUGAGUGAACAAUUAAAGCACAGAGAACUGAAGUACUUUGGGAGUUGUUCCUGUACUAUUGUAUUGGCCUUUAGCAGCUCAUAGUACAAUUAACCACAGUCUUGCUAGAUUCAAGCAGAUAUAUUAUGCACGAAUAUUACCAUAGCCGUACCUUUAUGUGAUUAAUCUUACGAACGGCUCCAUGCGACUCUAUUUCU